UAGUCCGCCCCGCGCCUCACUUCAUACCGCAAAAGGGACACAAACAAUCACUUCUGCGCAGGUCAAGGUCAGCGCUCAACAUCCGUGCCGGUGACUAUAUCACACGCUUAGGAGUCCACAAACAUAGGGUAUCGGGUAUUGUGUUACCUUAUAUAUGAGUUAAUGAGUCGAAUUAUCGACUGAUUUAAAACCUAAAUGUUUUUAUCAUUAUCUCAAAUUUUGUAAAGGGUAUUUCAGUAAUUUUGAAACUAAGUCGCUUGUUUGUCUACCCCGAAAACACUUUCAAUUUAACGUUGUUGAGAAGGUCGAAUUAGAAUGCAGGACCCCGCUUCGUCCACCUCAGCUAGUUGACAGAAUUGUUUUGGAGUAUAACACUGAGUAUUAAGCGUUUAUUUCAUGCGUUUUCGUGGGAUCUUAUAUUUAUAAUAAACAUAAUUUUGCAAAAAUGUGAUAGAAACGGUUUCCAACAGCAUAUUCUUAUAUUAGUAUUUAUAUCUACUAAAGGAAUGUCUAAAUAAUAUUCGAGACAACAGAAAAUAGACAGAAUACCCUUCAAAUUGAUGUUUUAAAAUUACCGAACUACCCUCAUUUGGACCACAAUGUAACUAGAUGUUAAGCGAACUAAAGAUUGACUACACUUAAUUUCAGAUGCGUUUCAUUUAUGUACCUCAAGAAAGAAGAUUGUCUAGUUUUAAGUGUUUAUAAUUAAGAUUUUAUGAACUUUUGAUCUUCAAGCAGGUAUUUGAAAAAGACCCGAUUUUUCAAUCGUCAGAUAACUUUUAUCUGAAGAAUAAAUAUGGCCGUUUGACAUAUUUUCUAUACGAUAUCUGUCAAAACGUCAAACAUAUUCGUCGAAUAGAAGUUAUUUGGCGAUUGAAAAAUCUGCCCUAAAUGUAACGGUAGGCGUACACCGAAUCCGCCAUCGGCCGAAGUAUGCUCGGGCGUCAUCGGCCGAGUCAUCUACCGACGUCGUCCGAUGACGCCCGAAAACGGGCGAUCUACUGACGAGUCUGAACGUGUUUGGAUUUUUUGGUCAGUUUUACCGGCUUCUUCACAGCCAGUCUCUUUACAGUUCAGACUUCAUAAGUUCCACCGACAACGGCCGUUAUCGUCUGCAGUGUAUUCAGUUGAACGUCCGAGCUACUCGUCCGGGUAGUUCUGUCCGCCAUCGGCCGACAAAAUCGGUUUUAGUGUACGCGUACCGUAAUAAUACAACUGUUUAAUCGUCAGAUAGAUUUUUGAAAAAUGUUGAAUAUGUAUUUUUUUCACAUCAAUAAAAAGUAAGGAUAAAAUCACUUAAGAUGAUGUAAUGUAUGGUAGUGGGGGCUAUUAACAUCACUUGCUAGUAAAAAGCGUACUGGUAAGUGACGUCACACGAGAUUUUAAAUCACUGUAUCUCAUCAUUCUUAUCUAUGUUCUAUUCUCUGUAUCUAUCAUUCUUUGUUUACGAGAUAAAAAAUGCAUAUGCAAUAUUUUUUGGAAAUCUAUCUGACGGACCGAACAGUUUUUUGACAAAUAAUCCUUUAAGUAGUCUACGAAACAAGUUUAAAACACUUUUUGUCUCUCUCAUAGAGACAAAGGCGAAAUCGUCUUUCUUCGAUGCCUUAUUUGUAUUCAAAUAUCUAUAGGGAAAAUCAAUUUGCAAUAUUAUAUGCAAGGAAAAAGUGCACACGAAUUAGAAUAAAAAUAAUAAUCAUUUUAAUAUGUAUGACAAGCGAUCUCAAAUGAAAGUUGGUGUCGAAAAGUAAGAAAUAAGUUGUAACAAAUUUAGAACUUCAUCUGUGAUACUAAAAAUGUGAUAUUUCUACAUUGUUUUUAAUCUUAGGUUAUAUCUAUUUGUAUAUUAUGAAACAUAAUAAAUUUACAAUAUACCACACGACUGUUAGAAAACCCACUAGUGAACACUGGACCGGGAGGCACUAAUUUUGCUCAAGACAACUAUCUAGUAGUUUCGUAAUAGGCUCAAAGAAACACCGACUAGUUGCGUACUAUACUCAAUGACUGACUAGUUUCUUACUAGGCUAGAAACUCACCAUCAUCUAAUAAUUAUGUUUACUUCAAGAGCAAUCCUGUACGGGUUAUAAGGUAAAACUCGGUGUAAAACGGUAAGAACGUUUGCUGCGUAGUUACAUUUACAAAAGUAUUCAGAUAUUUUUGUAUUGUGGUAUGUAUAGAAAUUAUUGUCAAGCACCUGCUCAAAUAUUAAUGGUAACUUAGCGAAUGGAACUUAUUUGAAUUUUAAAAACCACUAUAUCUGAUAGCUACUGUGAUAGAUUAAAUAAUAAGGAACACCGUUUUCUAGUAUCGCAUAUUCUAUUAACUAUUAAGCGUUUUCCGAAAAUCUUAUGUUUUACCGUAAUAUCAAAUAACUGCUUCUUUUAUGUAAUAUGAGAGUAGGUUACUUCCCCUAAAAAUAAUCUUCAAAACUUCAGAUUUAGGAAUAUUUUUAGUGACUAGUUUAUUGGGUUUUCCCCCCUAAUCUGGUACAUACUCCAUUCGUGUAUUUAUAGACAAGACAAGAGGUAAACCGUUUUAAAAACGCCACGAUAGCCGUGUUUACCAUUCUAUCAGUACGUAACAAAUUGCGCGUAGUUAGAAAUUUUCAAAUUCAAGGUAAGCAAGAUAGUAAACCAAAUAUUGAAAUUAAUAUUUUACGACAUCUUAUAAUAAAAAGUACCGUAAAUGCAAAACCGAAACGUGAUAAGCAAUUCCGUAAUAAAUAAGUUCGGAAUUUAAAUAUGCGUCUGCAUGUAGCGUGUGUUUUUGGUUUUAUAUUUUUAAUUCAUUAUGGCGAGGGAAAACUGUGGAGCAAAGGCGUUGUGCAUUAUGCCAUCAAUAAGAAGGAUUAUGACCCACACUCUCAAGACAUGAUCGUCUCAGCCCUAGACCGCAUUGAGAAGGAAGUUUGCGUGAAAUUCUUCAAUACGCCGCUCAAUUACACAGCUACAGACAGUGAGAAGAUUCUGUAUAUUAGCAAUCCAGAAAAAAGGAAGACUUGCCCUCCAGAGCAAUACGAUUAUACUGGGAGUGUUGUGGAUAUGCCGAUCGGUUACAAAUGUUUAAAUGAGAAGGAUAUUGCAAGAAUCAUUGUUGAUAUGUUGAGAGCCAGCAUCGAAGCACCACUUACAAUUAAUAGCAAUGAUCUGUUACGAAAGUUCCAAGAACGGAACGACAACCAGCCCAACAUACUAGCAGCUUCUGAUCGUAACUUCAUCAACGCUCACUACCACGAGGAGUGCAGCGGGCUGGUGCGGCCGCAAGACAGGAGGCGGUCUAAUGGUGGCACCAUGGAGGUCACUCCUGAUAACGAACGGUUUUACAAAGACAAGCUUUGGCCGCUAGGAAUCGUCAUGUAUGGAGUUAAUGAGUUUUUGCACAGCACAACAGAAUUCGCGACUCUCCAGCACGCCAUGUCAGCCAUCGAGCUGUCAACCUGCGUUGUUUUCCAGCAAGUGUCAGAAGAUGGCGCGAUCAAACCGAAAAACCUGCUGUGGUUCAGUGAUACUGGGGAAGAAAUGCCCAACCUUGGGUUUACAGCAGGGAACCAGACGGUAACCCUUAUGUCCAUGAUACAUGGUGCGCCGGGCCACAGCGGGCACACCCUGAACCUGCUACUGAGGAUACUUGGCGUCCCGAUGAUGUCCAAUCGCUUCGACAGAGACAAUUACGUCACUGUUAACUGGAGAAAUGUGCAGAAAACUAAAGAGCACUACCUCGAGCGUAUGCCAGCGGAGGCCUGGCUUCGGAACACGGAGGGCGAGGGAGCUGCGUAUGAUUACGACAGCGUCACCCACGCACCGGCCAACUAUAUGUGCAACGACUGCUCGCUCGGGGCGCAAACUGUUCAGCCAAUACAGGAUCACCUGUGGCAGCGUACGCUCACGAUGGGUCACCGCAACGACCUGAGCCCCGCUGACGUGGAACUUCUCAAUCUGCUGUACAACAAUCAGUGCCAACAACGGUUUAUCAAUAACAAUUGAAUGUCUUUAAUAUAUUGAUCAGCUGAUUUUGUUGCGUUUUAUUUAUUAUCUUUACAAUAAAUACUUGUACAAUAUUGUAUGAGACAACUGAAGCUAAUUUUGGAUAGCUGAGCGGUGGAGGUCAC